UCCAAACCCUAAACAACCAAACUCUCUCAUUUCUAGUACUUAUCCUCCCCUCUCCUCCUUUUCCUUAUCCUCCUCGCGUCGAUCCUCUUGCCUUUGAUCUUUUUCAAUUGAGGACAGCUAGCAAGGACCUCUGCGAGUGAUGGUAUCGUCAUCAGCAGCCACCGGAACCGAUGACACGAAGGUUUGCCCUCGAGGGCACUGGAGACCUGGCGAAGACGAGAAGUUAAGGCAGCUCGUCGAGCAGUAUGGUCCUCAGAACUGGAACUCCAUUGCCGAGAAGCUGAAAGGGAGGUCAGGAAAAAGCUGUAGAUUGAGGUGGUUUAACCAACUUGACCCAAGAAUUAACAAGAGACCAUUCACAGAGGAAGAGGAAGAGAGACUCCUCACAGCUCAUCGCAUUCAUGGAAACAAGUGGGCGUUGAUAGCCCGACUUUUCCCUGGUAGAACCGAUAACGCUGUGAAGAACCAUUGGCAUGUGGUCAUGGCUCGGCGGCACAGAGAGCGAUCGAGGCUCUUCGUCAAGAGAAGUUGCCAGGACCACAUUCUCAGUAGCUCCGAUGGCACCGCGAAUGCCCUUCUUACCUCCUUCUCAGGCCCUCCAGAGGGAAGCAACUCGAGACACCUCCGACCGGAUUCUCGAAGAAUAUUCGAGUUUGGAAGCUCCACCACUGAUAGGAUCGCCGUUUCGCCUUCGGCUUCAUCGCUUUCUUGGGCUUUCUCUGGAUCGACCAACCCAUCGUCACGUCAAAUUCUUGGUUUUGAUAGAAAAAAUUACUAUAGUCCUAAAUAUAAUUAUAAUGUUCUCGAGAGCUCCCGCUUCCAUGACCAGUCUCUUGGCCCUUAUAAUUAUCAUAUGUUCAAAAGUUUCAAUGCAUUGUGUGAGACUGACUACAAGCGGGUGGCUCCUCAUUUCAUCAGAUUCUCCGGCACCGGCGACAGUUGCAGAAGUGAGGUAAUGACUGCAGAUGAAUUAGUUAGUCUUGGGGAUUCUUCGGCCAGAGCAAUGAACCAUAGAGCUGAUGAUAACCAGCAAGAGGAUGGUGAUGAUUCCUUGGCAUGCAAGGACGUUCCCUUUAUCGAUUUCCUGGGUGUUGGGAUCACCUCUUGAGUUCGAAGUUAUCACAAAUCUGGAUGCUUUUAGUUAGGCUAGACAUCUAAAUUAUGAGAGAUAUAUAAUAACCAAGUUGGCAAUGGUAUUUGUUUGCUGUGGUGGCAUCAUGAAAUAUUGCAUGGUCUAUCAGGAGCUAAUAUUUAUUCUGAAUUGUCAAACCUUGUAGUUUAUUAAUUUAUCCAUGCCUUUGAUCUUGUUAAUAUGACCCCUUCUCUUCUUCGAUUUGAUGGCUUAAAGGAUACGUGUUUUUGGAGUGCCCAGUCAAUGGCAGAGUUGAG